GCUUUCAUGUUUAGUUCAUUUCAGUCUAACCCACAUAGUGAAAUGUAUAACUUGUCUUAAGAGGGAUAGCUCCAUCUUAUUUGUUUUGAUUACAGUAAUUUAUCAUCUACCAUACGAACUGUGGUCAAGAAGUCCAGUCAAUGCCGAAUCGACGCAUCUUUGGACCAAAACACUUUAGGACCUAAUUGGACGAGGCCAAUUGUAAAAGUGAAUUUUUUAAAAGACUGAAUCGUGGCAGUGACAGAAUGGAAGUUACGUUCAUACAUUUUGAAUGCAUUUUUGAAUGCUGUCAUUUAAAAUAAUUCCUAAUUUGUUGAAGAAAAACAAUUGCCGUCUACGCCCUGCCGGAUCCCUACAGAGCUACAGCCUUUCGCAACCGGAGGCACAUUUUGGGAAGGUCUUCACGCCGCUGCCAGCUACAGUCACGUCUAGUCACCAGUCAAACCCACAGGGUAUUUUUCGUUGUAUUGUGGGUUAGCCGAGGUCACAACAUGGAAAGUAAAGCCAGCGGUAAGUUGGAAAGUUCAUCGAUUGCAGAUUCCGCCGACACAAGUGAAAUCGUAAGAAACUUACCUGAGAAGUACAGAGAAAUAGUUUUUGGUCAGGAGAAGUUCUCAAAUGAGCCUCAGCCUCAGGCAAGCACUUCAUCGGCCAUGCGUAAUUUUGGACACAUUGGCGCUUUUUACCCAUAUCCUGGCGCAAGCAACAACAGUGCCAUGUAUGAAGACUGUAUUUCGACCGAUUACUCACUAGGUAAUAAAUCAUAUUAUGGCCGUGUUGACGAAUAUCUAAAAACCAACAGUGUCCCAAUGGAAGAUGUCUUUGCUAAGGUGUAUAGAGCAAAAGAGGACACGUCAACGACUACAAACGCUCCGGAAAGUUUGCAGGGCAUGCCAUCCAUUUCAGCCACCGGAGUGUGUAAAUUCAUUAAAGACGAAGAGGAACCGUCUCUAAUUAUGGACACUCAAUGCCAUGAUUUCGAUGUAACAGCGGACCUUAACAUUCUUGAUGCCAGUUAUACAGAGAGAAAACAGCAAAUAGGAUUUGUGGAGCCGACACAUUUCCCCACCUCGGCAACAGGUGAAGACGUCCUGGACGAUGCCUCCCUACUUGCCGACUUGAAUCAGACACAGCAGUUUGCGAUGGUACCUCAAAUAAGGAGUGACACCAGGGGUACUCUAUCCGGUAAGGGUAUGAUGCACUUUGAUACGACGAGUAGCUCACAGGCAACCCAACAUUUGAUGAUACAUAAAGGAGAGAUUCCUAGAUGGUCGAUACAGAGUACAGAGUUCCAGUUGUGGUGCCAAUCAGCUGGCGUCGCAGAGGAGAAGCACCCGUGUGGUUAUGUAUAUCCGGACGGUAUUCACGGAUCAACAUUGCUACAAAGAUCCCCUACAACAUGUAACGCGUAUUCUGGCUUACCUCCCCAAAGACUGUGUAUGAUCUGUGGGGAUGAAGCCUCUGGCUGUCAUUAUGGGGUCCUAACCUGUGGAAGCUGCAAAGUAUUCUUUAAAAGAGCAGUUGAAGGCCAUCAUAACUAUCUUUGCGCUGGUCGAAAUGACUGCAUUGUGGAUAAAAUUCGAAGAAAGAAUUGUCCUGCUUGUCGCCUUCGAAAGUGCUACCAAGCUGGAAUGAUGCUUGGAGGAAGGAAGCUGAAGCGCUUUGGGGGCUUAAAAGCCUUGGGUAUGGCCCCAUCCCUGAUGUUCCAGUCUCCCAUGGCCCUGCCUGGAGAUAGUCAGGCCUUGGCCUCCAUGCCCUGCAUAUCAAGCCUCCGCGAGCUGCAGCUAUCCCCACAGAUUGUUAACAUCCUGGAGAACAUAGAACCAGAGGUUGUGUGCUCAGGCUUUGACAACUCCCAGCCUGACAUGCCCCACCUUCUACUUAACAGCCUGAACCGUCUGUGUGAGAGGCAGCUGCUGUGGAUCGUCAGGUGGUCAAAGUCACUGCCAGGAUUUCGUACCCUACACAUAAAUGAUCAGAUGACCCUCAUCCAGUACUCUUGGAUGAACUUGAUGGUGUUCUCUCUGGGUUGGAGGUCCUUUCAGAAUGUUACCAGCGAAUACUUGUACUUUGCGCCAGAUCUUAUCCUCAGCCAAGAGAGAAUGAGAAGAUCACCCAUCUAUGACCUUUGCUUGGCAAUGCAAUUUAUCCCCCAGGAGUUUGCAAGCCUUCAAGUGACCAGAGAGGAGUUCCUCUGUAUGAAAGCCUUGAUGCUACUCAACACUGUGCCCCUGGAGGGACUGAAAAGCCAGGCCCAGUUUGAGGAGAUGAGGCAGAACUACAUCCGAGAGUUGACAAAGGCCAUCCACAUUAAAGAGAAGGGAGUAGUGGCCAGCUCACAGCGUUUCUAUCACUUAACCAAACUAAUGGAUUCCAUGCAUGAGAUUGUUAAAAAGGUCAACCUAUAUUGCCUGAGUACCUUCAUUCAAGCAGAUGCUAUGAAGGUGGAGUUCCCAGAGAUGAUGACCGAGGUCAUUGCCUCUCAGCUCCCCAAGGUGUUGGCAGGCAUGGUCAAGCCCCUCCUUUUCCAUAACAAGUGAUGGUGACAAUGACCCUGCCUCAAGUCAUGGGGCCAAAGCCUGAUGUACACAAACAGAUCGGAGGGUGUGUGUGUGGGGGGUAAUACUCAGUUCAGUUGAAAAUGCUUUGCCUUUUAGUGUCUCUAGGUUCAUUUGUUUUUGUUAAAUAUUUAAAUCCAUCAAGACCAUUGUUACUUUGACCCAAUGCCUCUAAGUCAUUUACUGAGAUGGAGAGUUGUUAAUAGCAUAUUUUAGUUGCUGAAAGUUUGGACAGUUGUUUGAAAUGUAAAGCACUUCUGUGUUUUGCUGCUCUUGAGUUUGUUUGUAAUUUAAUUUUUUACUGCACGAGUGUACAAGCAAAUCUUUAGUAAUGUAGAACUGGACAGAAUCAAGAAAUCAAGUCAGGAAAUUAGGUCAAUAAAAUGUUGAUUGCUAUGGCAAUUGCAUAAGUCUUGUGUUUGUGAAAACAACAAACAAUAACUUUAUGAUAAGGAAAUACCAUCUGGACACUGCCAUCUGAACUAGAAGAUAGCAUAUUCAGUGAGGAGAUUGUAAUGCCAUGGCAAGGGCAUAUCUUUCUAACUUUCUUAUAAAAUCAACAUUUCAAAGUUACUAAAUAUAUAAUAUACUGUGGGCUUCCUUUCUGAUAAACUACAGUAUUUGUCUAUCCAAUACACCAAACAAAUUUUUUCAAGCAUUUCAUUACAUGUACAGGUCAAUGGUAUAAUCUCUCCACAUUGCAUUUUUGCUGAUUUAAAUUCUUUAGGUUAAAUAAAAAUUAUGUUCUAUAUAUUACAUGUAUAUAAGCCUUCCUUUAUCCUCAAUGAAAAUAUGUAUCUAUUUACAGACAUUUUUGUAGAAUAGGAGGAUGAUAUUUUAGGGUUUUGUGUUCUCUGACCUGGAGAUCCUAAUGGAAGGGAGUACCAUUCUUCAUUCAGUAUUCAAGGUCAUCACAUUCUCAUGGAUUAAAUGGAAAAGAACACUGUGUUCUUGGCACGUACAACAAUCUAACAUAUCAGGAUCUAUUCUUUCCUGUCAUUUUAAGUCUUAUACUGAAGUUAUAUUUAUGUGUUUCAUAAUCAAUACAGUAUUUAAUUAUUAUUAGAGUUUUGCUUUCAAGCCUUGAUUUACAUUUAAAAGCAUAAUGUAAAAACAAAAAUUAAAAUCACCUUUAUAAUACAAUCUUUAAUAUGAAAAUCUGAAUCAGACAUGUUUAUCUUGUUUGAAAUAAUUGUUGCCAUUGCUAGCACACCAGUGUACUAGAGAGCAUUACAACAGUUAAAGCUUUCUCUUACCCUUACUAAACCAUCAAGAUAAAAAUACAUACUGUGUUCAUCUAUUACAAUGAUCUGUGAAAGGUAAUAACGUUUUAGUCAACUACAAACUCAGAAGAAUAGUACCAUGUAGCUGCACAAAAGUAAAGGAGUGAUAAAGACAAUACUGUGAGAGUGUUGUGUCAAUUAUAGACACAAUAAUCCCUCUGAAGGAAUCACGUAAAUCUAUUUACAGUGAAUGGACUAUUAUAAUAUUGUGAUUUUUUUAUAACACUGAUGAAAAUAGUAACAAAAUAUUGGAAGAAAAUCAGGAGUUCACUCCAUUAACUCAACAGUACAGUUGCAUUAGGUAUUCAGAAAUAUUGAAAGACUGUAACCAUGGUAACAUCCACAGAAAGCUACAUUCGUAGCUAGCUAAAAUGUUAGUUAUCUUGUAUCAUCAAAUUUUAAGACGUCAUAUUGAAUAAAUAUUUAAGAACAUGUGUGCCAACUAACAAAAGGAUCUAUUAAAUAAUAUCAGAAAACACUGUACUUUUUACAGUUUUUGGAACUAUUAAUCAUUCAUUAAGACGGGGACUGGUGGUGGAACAUCUUAGCAAACUUCUAGUCUUUGACAACAUUUUGUAAGUUAUGCCUUAGUUAUGCCUGAUGCACAUACUGAUGCAUGUAGCAUUUUUAUGCAUUUCUAGUCAAGAGGAUUAUGUUGGAAUACCUGCAGUGAUAUCAUGGAUUAAUAGGGGAAAAUCCUUCCAAAAGUAUCUGGGUAUCAACCAUGUAGGAUGGGAACAAAACUAUGACAUGGAAUGUUCAAAUGAUCUUCUAAAGUACAUACAUUUGUGUAUAAAUAAAGCUUGAAGAAACUGUAUUGAUUAUUUUCUAAUAAACAACAUAUUUCACAAGUGCAAUCAGGAUCAAAAUAUUAUAUUAAUCACAAAAAAAAGACGUGCAUACUUCCAGCACUGAAAACCCAAAUCACACAAUCGAA